AUGCCUCCCGUGCAAAACAUCCAGUACGCCCAGGGCCCGUCGAACUUUGAGAAGUUCAAGAUGGGGUUGAUCAUGGGGUCGACCGUGGGUGUGUGUGUCGGCGUCCUCUUUGGCGGCUUCUCCAUCUUGCAGAACGGCGCCGGCCCCAACGGGGUGAUGCGUACCCUCGGCCAGUACAUCAUGGGGUCGGUGGGCACCUUCGGCCUUUUCAUGUCCAUCGGCAGCGUCAUCCGCUCCGACACCAACAUGUUAGCUUACCAGCGGGCGAUGAUGGCGAGACAGCGGGCGACGUUGCGUGUCGUCAACCGCAACUAA